UUAUUGGAGAGUACAUCCAAUUCUACAGCUGCAAUGUUGUGGACACUAGAUCUGCAUUACAUAUUUAUUGAAAAAACGAAUUGUGUGGGGGCAAAAAGGGACUCAACGCCUUUAGAAUAUUCAAAUAACCUGGCCAUGUGCCAAGCACAAUCUGUGUGA